AUUUCUUCUCUGCACCUUUCUCGUAGCUUCUCUCCACCAGCCCACUUUCUCCUUUCUUUCUUCUUCCUCAUUUUCAUUGCAAUCCUCCUCCAUAUUUAAUUGUCACUAGCCAUUUUAUUUAUCACUAUGGUGUUCACGAAUGAAUAGGGAGUGCCACAGAUCUGGAAAACAUCGCCGCCUGGAGCCGCCGCCGCCCGGAUGCUGCCACGGCCUGGAAAAUUACAGGUUCGACCACCGCGAGCAUUUUUGACAUGUAGGAUCGAUUUAGGACUCAGUGAAUUGCUGCAGACCCACUGCCACCGUGGAAUUCAUUCCCCCUUCAUCUUCCUUCACUCCAACCUCAUUAACCCUAAAUUAGAUGCUAAUUUGCCCCUUUUUGUUUAAGGAUUAGGGUUGUAACUCUAUUUUUUCCUUUUAAAUUUUAUGUUUUAUUGAUAUUUUAAUGUUGUUUGUCUGACACUUUUGUUUCUAUAUCAUUUGAGAAUAUCAUUAUUUUUGUUACAUACCCUUUAAAGUUUUGAAUUUUUGGGAACAAAUGUUUGAGCUCUUAUUUUUGUUAGUUGUGCUUGGGUUGCUGUAUUGGAAUACAUUGUAAAGUUGCAGAUAUCAAUAUUAGGGUGCUAAAGUAUUUUGUUUCUCUUAGUUCAAACAUUUGUUUUUGGAGAGUUACUAUAUUCUUUAAUUAUCAAAAUGAUGUUGUUUUUGUAGUUAUGAUCAAACAUUUGGUUUGACAAAAAUCUUCUUUUCGAAUCCUUGACCCGUAGAAAAUUAAGAAUAUGUUUACAAUCUAUAAUGUUGUCUUUUUAUCCCUAAGUAUGUUUGAGGAUUUGGUAUUUAUAACAUGUAUUCUAUAUGUAUUCUACUACUCUUUUAGUUCUUCCGGGAGAUUUAAAAUAAGAUGCCUGAUUACAUUAUAAAUAGUAUCAAGUGUACUAAGCCCCAUUUCUCCUCUACCGAUGACACCACUAUUUGGACCCUUACUUUCACGGGAUCCUACUCCUUUAGGAGUGCCUAUGAGGAAAUCAAACCUAAAAGAGACCUCCAUCAAAACAUUUUGAACAUCUGGAACAAGAAUAUCCCUACUAAAAUCUCUUUCUUUAUGUGGAAAGUCAUAAACAACUUGCAACCUUUUCAGGAAAAAUUAUACCUUUUUGGCAAUAACGGCACCUUUAAAUGUCCCUUUUGCAACAACUUUGAUACUAGAGACCACUGUUAUACUUCAUGUGAUCUUAGCAAAAAUCUGUGGACCCAUUACGGGAACCUUUUGAAUAUUAGAAACCACUACAGUGAGUCUCUAUGAUGAUACUAAUAUUUUACUCUCUGAGGCUAUUGAGUCUAUCAAUAGGGAGAUUCGGGAUGUGAGCAGGGCCAAACCGCUUCUUACCAAAGCUACCGAUCCUCCCAUUUUUGACAUUCAAACUGUCAAACCCAGGGUGAAACCAAAAAAGCCCACCACACGGAUUGAUAGUUGGGCUAAACCUCCUGCCAACUUCAUCAAAAUUAAUAUAGCUAUGGGAACCAGGCAGGAUGGGAGUAAUAUUUCUGGCCUGGUCUUCCGUGACAGCCGGGGGGAAUUGCUUUACUAUAAUUCUAACAAUCAUACUUAUCCUGAUUACACUGCCAUCUUCUGUGAAAGUAUGAUUAAGUCAAACAAUAAGAUACAGGACAAUAACUAUACUAGUAUCAUUCAUGAGAGUGACAACUUACAUGUGAUCAAGACCCUUCAAGGAACCAUGAAGCCUAGGUGGACAACGAUUGCAAACCUCUAUGCUUUCAAAGAAACCUUUCAAUAUGUCAAUUUCGGUUACUCUUGCAUCACUAAAUCCUGUAAUAGGGCAGCUUAUUAGGUUGCGAUUAAUGCUAAUCUUUUUACUAGUAGCCCAAACACUUAUAGUAAAUUCCAAGGAAUUCUCAAAUUUGAUGCGGUUAGUUACCCGUAUGUGAUUUAAUUCGGUAGGUUUCGGCUUCAUGUCCCCCUACCAUGUACUUUUCUAAUUUUCUAAUAAACUGGUAAGGUGUUCC